AUGUUCUUUCCAAAAUCAGGAAAUCGCCGCCGCAGUCCGUAUCGCUCAGCUCGGUCCGUUCGACCACAAAAGGAGGUUCCGACGCACAUGGUGACGAAUUGGACACGGAACAAAGUGUGUGUUCUUCUCGCAGGGGUUUUUAUUUUCGGAACAACCUUCCUCGUGCCCAUCAUGAUGCUGGAAAAGUCCAUGAGUCAAGAAGCAACAAUUCCUAUGAACUCUAAGAAUCACAUUUCGCUGAAUCACUUGUUUGACAAAACCAAAAAGAUGGAAAAGAUAAUUGAAACAAAGUCGUAUUCCGUCCUUAAAAAAGCCAAACAAGCACUUCGCAAGGGAGGGCAUUUUGGAAUCCCGGAAGAUGAAGUGAACAAUCGGGAUCCGUUUGAACUGCACGACAAUGAAGAUCAUGAAGCCCAUCCGGAAGAGAUUGAAGAAUCUUUGGCCCGAGGAGUUGUUGGGCUACCAAUGUCCAAGACACCUGCCUUGAUUGGAGCGAGGCCAGGUCACAUUGCUUGUGAGGUGAAUGUAGAUGACAUGGCCUAUUGGAAUGAUCCACAAGGAACGAGGGACCAGGAGUUUCAGAGUCCCUUUGCAUCGUCCGAGCCAGAGUCGCACUACAUUACCUUUGAACCAGAUCCAGGGGGUUGGAACAAUAUCCGAAUGUCGACUGAAGUUUUCUUUGUCAUGGCGGCAGCCACGGGACGGACGCUUGUCUUGCCUCCCAAGGCGCCAAUGUAUUUGUUGGGAACUGGAGCGGCACAUGCUCGAAGCUUUGGAAACUUUUAUCCGCUUUCCAAUCCGCAUUUGAAAAAGCGAGUCAAUGUCAUUACCAUGAAGGAAUUUGUGGAAAAGGAGGGAAAGAGUAUAAUGAACCUUUCCGAUGAAGAACUCGAGCAGCUCUUGCCAAUAGCUGAAAUGUGUCUGCAUCAAAAGAAUUCGCCGAUAAUCUGUGAAAAUCUCUACAAAGUAUUGCGGGAAGUUGGAAUGCAACCUGAUAUGCACGGGGCCCACAGUUGUUAUAUCUUUGAUAAGGACAAGUUUGAAGGAAAGGAAAUUUCGGAUGAUGUUCAGAAACGAGUCGAUCGAUUCUGUGGAGAGAAAAGAACGGCAACCUUCUACGAUCAAAGCCUUCACACACCGAAACUCAUUCAUUGGAAUGCCGACGCUCCCACGCACCGAGUGCUGAAUCACUUUUACACCUUCUUCUACUUCACGGACCCCAAGAUUGACAACUAUUUCAAACGAUUUGUCCGCGACUUUAUGCACUACACGGACGAGAUUUAUUGUGCUGCUGGUAAGAUUGUUCAUGCACUCAACGAUGAAGGCAAGGGCUGGUCGUCACUUCAUGUACGACGUGGUGAUCUACAAUACAAAGAAGUCAAGAUCUCAGCUGAAGAAUGGUACAACAACACCAAAGAGAUUUGGAAUGACGGCGAAAUUCUCUUCAUUGCAACUGAUGAACGCAACAAGACCUUCUUUGAUCCGAUCAAGGAACAUCAUGAGGUGAGAUUCUUGGAUGACUAUUGGGACUCGGCUAAUCUAGGUGAAAUGGAUUCGUACUUUCUGGGAAUGGUGGAUACAAUUGUGGCGAGUCAUGGACGAGCCUUUGCCGGGACCUGGUUUUCCACCUUUACCGGUUAUAUUAACCGAAUGCGUGGUUACUUGGGGCACUCAACCAAAACAAUGUGGUACAGUUGGCUACCGCGAAAGUACGCGGUCCGGGAGUGGACGUAUCCUGAGGGAAAUUACCCAGCUCGAGAGUGGCCAAUUGGAUGGGUUGCUAUUGAUGGCGACGAAGUGAUUGAGCAUGAGAAUGAAAAGGCCGAUUCCAUUCCUGAUCCCCCGGAUCCAAAUGAAAUCACCAUCGAAGCGAUAGAGAAAGUCCCUGCAAGCGUAGCGAUAAAAAAUAUUGCCAUGUCCGACUUGAAAAGCGACGAGGGUUUCGCCGAUAAACCAGUAGCCCGAGGCGUUGCUGGGAGACCCAUGUCCGAAACUCCUGCGCUAAAAGGUGCCAAACGAGGCAAGAUCGCGUGCGACGUCAAUGUAGAUUCUGUUGCUUAUUGGAACGAUCCGACAGGAGAGAAGGACCAAAACUUUGAGUCACCAUUCCGUGCCAAGGGUGAAGAGAAGUUCUUGACAUUCACUCUUGAUAGAGGAGGCUGGAACAAUGUCAGAAUGUCGAUGGAAAUCAUCUUUAUCAUUGCUGCGGCCACGGGAAGAACGCUUGUUCUCCCACCUAAGGAACCUUUGUAUCGAUUGCGGGCCGACGCCAAGAAUGUUCACCGUGGUUUUGCCGAUUUUUUCGAUCUGAGUACUCCUGAAUUUGCCAAGCGACUCAACACCAUUUCGAUGGAAGAUUUCAUCAAGAUGGAAGGAGGAGAGCAUGGACGCCUCCCAAUUCCAGAAGAAACGAGACAAAACGUCACCAAUAGUGCUCAUCAUUGCGACAAACGCAAGAUGAGCACAGCCUACUGUGGAUACAUUGACGACUAUCUGGCAACUGCUGGAUAUGUCCCUGAUAUGUCUGCCAAGAAAAGUUGCGCCGUGUUUGAUGUCGACAAGUUCAAUGGCAAAGAGCUCUCGUCCGCAAGUGAGGAAUCCGUUGCGAAAUUCUGUGGGGAUCGAGAACGAUACUAUUUCACGGAAGAACUCCAAGAAAAUACAUUGAUCCACAUCAACGCGGGCCAAAAAGAACUUCGGCUGUUGACUCAUUUCUAUGACUUUGUUCACUUUACGGACCCAGCCAUUGACAAUUACUACAAGCGCUUCAUUCGUGACUUUUUGCAUUACAAUGACCAAAUUUAUUGUGCUGCUGGCAAGAUUGUCAAGGCCUUGCAAAAAGAAGCCACGGAUCGAGGUUUUAGUGUUGAUGAAGAAGGUGCUGGUGGCUUUUCCGCCAUGCACAUUCGCCGAGGUGAAUUGCAAUACCAAAAGGUCAAGAUUCCUGCCAUUGAAUGGUACGAAAACACCAAGGACUUGUGGGAGCCCAACGAAAUCAUGUACAUUGCCACGGACGAGCGCAACGCAACAUGGUUUGAUGACAUGGCGGAACAUUUGGAGCUUCGUUUUUUGGACGAUUACUUUGAGUUUGCGCAAUUGGGAGAGAUGGAUCCCAAUUACUUUGGUAUGAUUGAUACCAUUAUAGCGAGUCGGGGUCGUGCCUUUGUGGGAACCUUCUUUUCCACCUUUUCGGGUUAUAUUAAUCGAUUGCGAGGCUAUCAUGGCAUGUCCAUGAUGGAUUCCUGGCACUCUUGGUUACCACGAAAGACCAAGAUGCACGAGUGGGAAGAUGUGGAUCACUUUGUCUUUUCGUAUGAAUGGCCCACUGGAUGGGUGGGAAUUGAUGGUGAUGUGGUACCUAGUAAGGAUGUCUUUUAG